AGUCUUCAACUUCAAUAACAGAAUUAUUACAGCACUCCGUGUUGAACCUCGUCAUUGACCAAACAUAAGUCCAUACCCAAAACAAAACAAAACAAAAAAACGUUGAAGAACAUGAUGAUUUUUUUUCCGAUUGAAAAUGAUGAUUUUUGACAAAACUUGGUUCUGGUUCCUUCUCAAUUACACUAGCUGUUGUUUUCUCUUGAGGAAAGAAUUCAAGUGAGAAAUACCAAGGAUUGCUUCAUGGGGGCUUGAAGGAUUACCUUGUGAAAUUUUGAAACUUUGUAUUUGAUGGGGUUUGAGUGUUCAGAAUGUUGGUGAUUAAUUGAGCAAAACCAUUGGAUGUAGUAACCUUCUAAUUUUGAAAAUUUAGGGUUUAGGGUUUUUUGUGCUUCUUAGCUCUCUGUUGGGAUUGUGUGAAAUUGGGAUGGGAGGUCAAUCCAGCAAGGGUAGUAACUCUAAUUCUAAUAAUGAUGUUCCAAUACCUAUUAAAAUGGGUGCUCAUUCUCUUUAUGCGGCCGAUUUAAGGUCUUAUGAAGCUGCGUGUGAUGAAGAUCCAAACUUGCAAUCGUUUGAUGCUACCAUUCAGGAGCGAACCAAUAGGGUGAUCAGCUCUCUUGCUCAAGGGAUUGAGGUGCGUUCGAUAUCGCUUGAUUCGUUAGGAGAAGUUACUGGCAGUCUUCUUGACAUGAACCAGGAAGUUGUCAAAAUGAUUUUGGAGUGCAAGCAAGAUAUAUGGAACAAGAAGGACCGGGACUUGUUCUCGUUGGUGGAGGAUUUUUUCGAGAAUAGUCUCCAGACACUGGAGUUUUGUAAUGCUCUUGAGAAAUGCUUGAAACGAGCGCGUGAAAAACUUGUUGUGGUUAAGUCUGUAAUGACUUGUUUCGAAGAAGAGGUUCAAAAUGGGGUUGAAGGGUCGACUUAUGUUAAGACAUUGAAAGGGCUUAAGGAUUUCAAGGAAACUGGGGACCCUUUUAGUGAAGAGUUUUAUUCUUUGUUUCAGUCGGUUUAUGCUCAACAAGCAUCAAUGCUGAAGAAAUUACUGAUUAGAAAGCAAAAGCUUGAUAAGAAAUUGAAAUCUCUCAAGACACUUAAGAGGGUGUCAAGUGCUAUUUUUGUAGCUGCUUUUGUCGCUGUGUUGAUUUUCUCAGUGGUGGCAGCUGCAAUCGCUGCACCCCCAGUUAUAAUGGCUUUGGCUGGGGCGUUGGCUGUUCCAAUAGGCUCGGUUGGAAAAUGGUGUAACUCACUUUUUAAGAAAUAUGAAACAGCUAUAAAGGGCCAAGGAGAAGUAAUCAGUUCAAUGCAGAUUGGUACUUAUAUUUCAUUGGUGGACAUGAAUAACAUUCGGGUCCGUAUCGAACAAUUGGAAAUAAAGAUUGAGUCCAUGUUGCAAAUUGCUGAUUUUGCUCUUGGAAAUGAGGAUGCCGUUAAGCUUGCAAUCGAUGAGAUUAAGAAGAAAAUAGAAAUUUUUGCAGAGAUUAUUGAGACUUUGAGUGUGCAAGCUGAUCAAUGUAGUCGGCAGACUAGGAAAGCAAGGACAGUAGUUGUACAGAAGAUAAUUAAAUACUCUAGUUAACAGCACUUUUACAUGUGUUGUUGAUUAAUUAUUUAUGUAGCUGGUACGUAACUGUGUUCUUACUACUUAUUAAUCACUCAGCUUAUAUCUGCAGUGAUGUAUUUUAUUAUUUUUCUUCUUGUUGAUAAAGGUACAAGUUUAUAGGCAAGUUGGACUUGAGAGGUUUAUCUUGGUCGAGAAAAGCCGCAAGAUUCAAAGAGCACUUACAGAGAUACUUACAUAUUACCUACCAACGAAGUCUUCUGAAUUGAACUUAGGUCUUUCUAACAUAUGAGUUGAAACCUUGUCAACCGGCAACGUGCUUUAUGAUUUUGAAGAAAGAGAGAAUAAUUCAUGUGUAUAACAUUUCUAGAUCUUUGUAAUAUUUAUUAAUAAAUUACAAAUAAUUUUCCUGCUUAAGAUUUUUUAAUACUCUUGUGCUGGAUGCAAUUGAACAUAACCUGUGUGUAAAAAAAGUUUAUGGCAUUAUUGGAAGCUCAAUCAAAGCUGGAACAAAGUAUGGGACAAUUGAUAGUGAAAACUGAAAAUAUAUAUGCAUCAAGGCUGUCUAACUUUUUAGACA